CCUUCAUGGACUAGGCUAGGAAGAAAAGUCGAUAGCCAUCAUGGGGCAAAGUGAAUCGGAGCCACAGAAGGAGGAAGAGGUGUUGGGAGUUGUGAUAGGAACUGGGCUUUCGGUAUUGAUUGUUUCUGCUUUGGUACUGAUAUUGAUCCACCGGUUUCAUCUUCAAAAGGUUCAGGCUCAAGAGCAACCAAAAUAUCGAUUUCGCAAGCGGGAUAAAGUUUUGUUUUAUGGACGGAAGAUUAUGCGUAAGGUUUCUCAAUCUACAUCCUCUCUUGUAGACACUUCCAUGUCUGCUUCACGGCCACGAAUGAAAAAGAAGCUCAAGAUGCUAAAUAUUGCCAAAAAAAUCCUGCGUAUCAAGAAGGAGCUGCCAAUCCUUCAGCUGAAGGAACCACCCCCAUCUGUUCUGGAGGCUGAUCUCACAGAGUUUGAUGUGGCCAACUCUCAUCUCCCCUCUGAAGUACUCUACAUGUUAAAGAAUGUGCGGGUGCUAGGCCACUUUGAGAAACCCUUAUUCCUGGAAUUGUGUAAACACAUGACUUUUCAACAAUGCCAGCAAGGCGAAUAUGUCUUUCGCCCAGGUCAGCCUGAUACCAGCAUUUAUGUGGUCCAGGAUGGAAAAUUGGAGCUGUUCCUCUCUGAACAGGAUGGGAAAGAGACUCUUGUGAAGGAGGUGUUCCCAGGGGACAGUGUGCACAGUCUUCUCAGCAUCCUGGAUGUCAUCACAGGUCACCAACGGCCAUAUCGGACAGUGUCUGCACGGGUAGCUGAAGACUCCACUGUGCUGCAGUUGCCGGUUGAAGCCUUCUCAGCGGUCUUUGAGAAGUAUCCUGAGAGCUUGGUUCGGGUGGUUCAGAUCAUAAUGGUUCGUCUUCAAAGAGUCACCUUCUUGGCCUUGCACAACUAUCUGGGCCUGACAAAUGAGCUUUUCAGCCAUGAAAUGCAACCAUUGCGGCUUUUUCCCCAGUCGAGUCACCCCUUGCGCACAAGUCCUGUUUGGCACAGUAAACGUAUAAUCAGUGCUUCCUCUAUUGAGGACACAAAGGAUAGUACUGGAAGGCAACCAGAUGCCUCUAAAGAUCAAGGUGAUCCCUUGAAAUCAGGUUUAUUAGAACCCCCUGUUCCUCCUCUGUUGAGCCGUUGUAUCUCCAUGCCAGUUGACAUUUCAGGAAUUCCAAAGGGCCCACGGUCAGACUUUGAUAUGGCCUAUGAGCGAGGCCGCAUCUCAGUUUCUCUUCAGGAAAACAGUACAAUUGCAUUGGAUGGCUUUGCUCGAUCAGCUUCCCAAGACUCCCGUGAACGAAAGUCUGUGAUGGUGGAAGAACAACCAUCGGGCAUCUACCAUUACAACUAUUGUGAGGAUGAUUCAGCAACUGGCGAUUGCCCAUUUGGACCAUACCAGGGCCGCCAGACCAGUGCCAUUUUUGAGGCUGCCAAGCGGGAGUUGGUCAAACUCAUGAAAAUUGAGGAUUCAUCCUUACUAAAUAAUCGGGUGCUUUUGCAUCAUGCCAAAGCAGGAACAGUAAUUGCCCGUCAAGGAGAUCAAGAUGUCAGCUUACACUUUGUACUGUGGGGCUGUCUGCAUGUUUACCAGCGGAUGAUUGACAAGGCUGAAGACGUGUGCCUCUUCUUGGUUCAACCUGGAGAGAUGGUGGGCCAGCUAGCAGUGCUUACUGGAGAACCACUGAUUUUCACCAUCAAAGCAAAUCGUGAUUGUACUUUCCUUAAGAUCUCCAAGUCUGACUUUUACGAGAUUAUGAGGGAACAGCCAAGUGUGGUGCUGAGUGUGGCUCAUACUGUAGCAGCCCGCAUGUCUCCUUUUGUACGUCAAAUGGACUUCGCUAUUGAUUGGAUGGCAGUAGAGGCUGGGCGAGCACUUUACAGGCAAGGUGAUAAGUCUGACUGCACUUACAUUGUGCUGAAUGGGCGCUUGCGCUCUGUCAUUCAGAAGGCCAAUGGCAAGAAGGAACUGGUUGGGGAAUAUGGGCGUGGGGACCUCAUUGGAGUGGUGGAAGCUCUGACCCAUCAAGUACGAGCUACUACUGUCCAUGCUGUACGGGACACAGAGUUGGCCAAGUUACCAGAAGGGACUCUCAACAACAUCAAAAGACGCUACCCUCAGGUUGUCACCCGCCUUAUCCACCUACUGAGUCAGAAGAUCCUGGGGAAUCUGCAGCAGUUACGUGGCUCUUUCCCAGGUUCAGGUCUUGGCAUGACCUCCAGUUCAGAACUGACCAAUCCAGCUAGUAAUCUCUCAACAGUGGCAGUCCUUCCAGUGUGUGAUGAGGUGCCCAUGGCAGCCUUCACAUUGGAACUCAAACAUGCUCUGAAUGCAAUUGGCCCAACCCUGCUACUCACCAGUGACAUUAUCCGUGCUCGUCUUGGGGCAUCAGCAUUGGAUAGUAUCCAUGAAUAUCGACUCUCUGGCUGGCUAGCUCAGCAAGAGGACAUUCAUCGCAUUGUUUUGUACCAGACUGAUUACACCUUGACUCCUUGGACAGUGCGUUGCAUCCGACAAGCUGACUGCAUUCUCAUUGUGGGCGUGGGGGACCAAGAGCCUACACUGGGUGAGCUAGAACAGAUGCUGGAGAAUACAGCAGUGCGGGCUCUAAAGCAGCUUAUCCUCCUGCACCGUGAAGAUGGCCCCAGCCCUGCCCGCACAGUGGAGUGGCUCAACAUGCGCAGCUGGUGUUCAGGGCAUCUACACAUCAAGUGCCCACGCAGGGUCUUUUCUCGACGCAGUCCGAACAAACUGAGAGAGAUGUAUGGGAAAGUCUUUGAAAAGAAUGCAGAUCGUCACAGUGACUUCUCUCGUCUGGCACGAGUCCUUACAGGCAAUACCAUUGCUCUGGUUCUGGGUGGUGGUGGAGCCAGGGGUUGUUCUCACAUUGGAGUGAUCAAAGCCAUGGAGGAAGCUAGUCUCCCUAUCGAUCUGAUUGGCGGCACCUCAAUUGGCUCCUUCAUAGGGGCUCUUUAUGCAGAGGAGAGGAGUGCAGUGCGCACAAAGCAGCGGGCCAGAGAGUGGGCAAAGAGUAUGAAUUCAGUGUUUGCGACUGUGUUGGAUCUCACCUACCCCAUCACCUCCAUGUUCUCUGGCUCUGCCUUCAACACCAGUAUUCACAAGGUGUUCCAGGAUAAACAGAUUGAGGAUCUGUGGCUCCCAUAUUUUAAUGUGACAACAGACAUCACAGCUUCUGCCAUGCGUGUGCAUAAAGAUGGCUCACUGUGGCGGUAUGUGCGAGCUAGCAUGACCCUUUCCGGGUACCUACCGCCACUCUGUGACCCCAAGGACGGCAAUUUACUGAUGGAUGGCGGCUACAUCAACAACCUUCCAGCUGACAUUGCCCGUAACAUGGGUGCCAAGACAGUCAUUGCCAUUGAUGUGGGAAGCCAGGAUGAGACUGACCUCUGCAACUAUGGGGAUAGUCUGUCAGGUUGGUGGUUGCUGUGGAAACGUCUCAACCCUUGGGCUGAGAAAGUCAAGGUACCUGACAUGGCAGAAAUCCAAUCCCGCCUAGCCUACGUCUCUUGUGUGCGACAACUGGAGGUGGUGAAAAGCAGUUCGUAUUGUGAGUACAUUCGCCCUCCCAUCGAUCGCUUCAAAACCAUGGACUUCGGAAAGUUCGAUGAAAUCUAUGAUGUAGGUUAUCAGCAUGGAAAAAUGGUGUUUGGUGGUUGGUGCCGUGGUGAUAUAAUUGCAAAAAUGGUUCAGGAUCGACACUCAGCAGACUUUUAUGAGAGCAAACGCAUGGAUGUGUUGAUGUGUCCUACUGGAGGAUUCACAGAUCUGGCAGAGAUUAUCUCUCGCAUUGAGCCAGCCAAGAGCUAUCUGUCCGAGGGCUAUGCCGAUGGAGAAGAGUCAGAUUAUCUAACUGAGUAUGAGGAAGAAGGAAUGGAUGCUGUACGAGAGGAAGAGGGACAGGAGUUGCUAUUUGCUCCUGCUGAACAGAAUGCUGUCUUUGAAACAGAUGAAGAAAAAAGGCUGCGUCAUCGCCAGGGAAUCUCCCAAGCACCUCCUACCCAAUUAGCAACUUCCAAAGGUCCUUAAGGCUGAGUCUGUAUAACCAAAUCUUGGACUUAUCAAGACGUGUUGUACAGCACCCCCAAAUUACAUCUGUAACAAGUUUUACUAUCUGGCAGGCAUAGUCAAGAAACUUGUGGAUGCUUUUAGCACCAGCUGCUAUCUUAGAAGAUCUUACAGAAGACCUGCUGGAACUGUUCCUCCUGCCACAAACUGUAAAGCAUUGUAUAAUGGAUGUGACACAGUAUUAUCUGCCUGUGACAGUGUCCAGUUCUGGCUGUGCAAAAGGGCUGGCCCUCAAGCAGAUCUGGAAUUAACUGACUGGCUAUAACGCAGGGACAUGAGAUUGAGAGAUAGUGGCUAAUCCUUUCCCUUUAGGUUGCUGUGACAUGAAAGAACCCUGAGAAGCUGCAAAGGAGAACAGAAAAGCACUUUACUAAAUACUGCACAGGAGAUGAUAAAUAACAGCAGUGCCUGAAAAGAACAGAUCAGACUCCUGUCUUUUCCUGGUGCCUGAUUUUGUCCGUUUAGCCACACCAAAGGAGUAGGAUGUGUUAUGACGUAUUUUCCUUCUGUUCCUCACGCUUUUCUACUUCAAAACUAGCAGUUAUUUCAAUCCUUCAUUGAAAGAAGUACAGACAUUUGUACAGUUUGUGCAUUGACUAAUUUAAUCCUGCUUCAAGCUCAGCACCAGCACAUCUUCGCAUUCCUAGCCAUCCAGAGGGGUUAAGAUAUGGAGUACACUAACUCUUUUAUGUUUGUUUU